UCUAGGCAUUGCAUAUUUUUACAUAUGGCAAUUGUGAAACUAAAUUGCAACCUCUCUCUCUCUCUGUAAUUUUCUCUUCAGGAGGAAAAAGGUGACACAUGCGCAGACAUGAACGAGACUUUCCUCGGUAACGACACUGUGGCGACAGCCACGUUGGCUGGAAAGGCUUUCCCGUGUAUGGAGGCCAACUAUCCAGAGAGAAACGGCUGCCUGGAACUCUCCGCCGCCCCGCAGGACUUCCCCAUCAACCCGUGGGACAUCAUGCUUUGCAUGUCGGGCACCGUCAUCGCCUGUGAGAACAGCAUCGUGGUGGCUAUCAUCUUCUAUACGCCCACCAUGCGCACCCCCAUGUUCGUUCUCAUAGGGAGCCUGGCCACUGCGGAUUUACUGGCAGGCAUGGGAUUAAUCCUCAAUUUCGUGUUCCAGUACGUCAUCUCCUCAGAGACUAUCAGUCUUAUUACUGUUGGGUUCCUAGUGGCCUCCUUCACGGCGUCCAUCAGUAGCCUGCUGGCUAUAACGGUGGACCGGUACUUUUCUCUCUACAACGCACUGACUUACUUCUCGGAGAAGACGCUCCACUAUGUGCACCUGAUGCUGGCGGGCACGUGGGGCGUGUCUAUGUGCCUGGGCCUGCUACCCGUGCUGGGCUGGAACUGUCUGGACGACCCGAACUCGUGCAGCAUCGUGCGCCCGCUCACUCGCAGCAACGUGACAUUGUUGGCGGUCUCCUUCUUCGUCAUCUUCAUACUCAUGCUGACUCUCUACUUCAAGAUCUGCAAGAUCGUAUGCCACCACGCGCACCAGAUCGCUCUCCAGAAGCACUUCUUCACUGCCUCGCACUACGUGGCCACCAAGAAGGGCGUGUCCACGCUGGCCAUCAUCCUGGGCACCUUCGGCGCGAGCUGGCUGCCCUUCGCUAUUUACUGCCUGGUGGGAGAGCGCGAGUACCCGUUGGUGUACACGUACGCCACGCUGCUUCCGGCCACCUACAACUCCAUGAUCAACCCAAUCAUCUACGCCUACCGUAAUGCCGAGAUCCAGCGCUCGCUCUACGUCCUUUUCUGCGGCUGCUUUCAGACCAACGUAGCCUACCGCUCCAGGUCACCCAGUGAAGUUUAGAGGGGUGCUGAGUGAACUCUGAUGACAGUGUGUUUGUGUGUUGGCCACCGACAAUUCGCUUUCAGUUGACUGUAAAUGCUUUAAACAAGUGGAUUCGGCGCUCAAAUGUAUAUCUAACAUAAGCAUCUGCACUUUAUUGCAACUGAAGACCAGGACACAGUCCGUCUGAAAUGCUGUGAACAACAACUUUUGUGAUGAAAAGAAAAACGUCAUCAUGAAUGUAUUUAUAUUAAAAAAUAUUUAAAAAUCGAGCACUUUAUUAUGUAUUUGAAAUGCCAAAGCAGUAUUGCAUAGGCCUAUAUAUAUAUGUUGGAGUUGUACUUUGUAUUUGUCAGUAAUGUGGGUCAUUUUCUAUUUUGUAAAGGUGUCUAUAUUGUAAAUUUUAUAAGA